UUCAAAUUAUUGACGUUUGUUGCAAAUGUCAACCUGACAGAAAGGGUUAGAAUUUUUUUGCGAAAGAAUGGCCGAAAGUAGCAGCGACGAAAGUGAAACCACAUUCCAAUUAUACAAAGACCGAAAAGAAUGGAAAGACGUCGUCCCUGUACCCCAAGAUGACGGCGAACAGCCCAUAGUUGCCAUCGAUUACACCGAACAAUUUAAGGACGUUUUCGACUACUUCCGCGCAGUUUUGCAAAGCGGAGAGAAGUCAGAGCGGGCCCUCGAACUCACCAAAGAUGCUGCCGCUCUCAAUCCUGCGAAUUACACAGUGUGGCAAUACAGGCGAGAGAUUUUGAAAGCUUUGAACAAAGAUUUGAACGAGGAGAUGGAUUUUAUUGAGAAGAUUAUCGUUUAUAAUCAGCCGAAAAAUUACCAAGUGUGGCACCAUCGGAAAGUGAUAGUGGAGUGGCUGCAGGAGGCUUCGAAAGAAAAGUAUUUAACGGAGACUGUUCUGGCCAAAGAUGCGAAGAAUUAUCACGCGUGGCAGCAUCGUCAGUGGAUAAUCAAAACAUUUAAUUUGUAUGAAGGUGAAUUGGAAUAUAUUGAUAGUUUGAUUUCUGAUGACAUUCGAAACAACUCAGCUUGGAAUCAACGGUAUUUCGUUGUAAUGGGAACUACUGGGUUCACGGAAGAGGUUUUAGACCGAGAAAUAGAUUACACACUUUCAAGCAUUAAAGUAGUCACAGAGAAUGAGAGCGCGUGGAAUUACUUAAGAGGGGUACUUCUGCAUGAUAAAUGUGGACUUAGUCGUAACAAAAAGGUGACAGAUUUUUGUCAGGAUUUAUACAACUCAGGUAACCGCUCUCCAUUUUUAUUAGCGCUCAUUGUCGAUAUGUGUUCAGAACAAGUGUCACAAGGUAACAAGGACCCGCUUUAUAACCUAGAAAUGGCAAAAACUUUGUGUAAGGAGCUUGCUGAGAAGUAUGAUACAGUUAGGGCUAAGUAUUGGGAAUAUAUAGCUGAAACUGUUGACAAAAAAUCCAAUAAAGAAGAUUCUCAGGUUGACGCAGAGCAGUAAUUUUUUUAUUAUGUAACUUCCACAAGCCAUCUUUUUUCUGUGAUUUAUAUAUUUUUAACUUUUUUUUUUGUAAGAACGUCUAUUGAGUUUUGUUAGUUAAUUAAUAUUUUGGGACAACAAAUCCUGGUUGAAAUUUCUGUUUCAAUAUGUAAUUGACUUAAUUUAUAUUUUUCACAGCAUGUAUUAUUGUAGUUAUAUAUUCACUAUGAUUAUACAAUUAUUAUUAUUAUCAUGUUGUAAGAUGGUUGCUUAUUGGUGCUUUGACCAUUGUCAAAUUUAAUUGUAACAAAUAAAAGGUAAAAAAAGCUUCCAUCGGAAUGAAAUAUUCCAUUUUGUGUGUACUGUGUGUUUUAUGGUACUUUAUUACAUGCAUACAGGUAUUUAUUAAAUUAUGGAUGGUGUUACAUUUUUCCUACUAAGUGAAAGUAAGGUUAGUAAUUUGAGGUGUGAACCCUUUGCACAUACUUUUUUAUGUUUGGAUAGUGUAUUAUCCAAUAAAAGAAUUUGUAUUUUCUGGUUA